AACUUGCGAAUCCAAAAAUUUAGCUUUCAUGAAAUUUUGUUUCGAGAACAAUAACAACUUUGCCACCAGCCUGCCCCCAUUAUGUUAGUUCUAUAAGUGCCAAAUAAUAUUUUUAACUGUCGUACAGUACCGCUUAAAUGUAACUUUACAUGUAUGCGAGUUUUACGACCUCAUAUAACGAUCUCAUGUCUACAUAAAGCACGUUCACAUAUCUUUUGUUUAUACACGAACUUAAUUGCUUAUCUAACUUAAUAUGCUUAUUCUUAUCGUCGUGCGCGAGUCAGAACAAUAAGAUUUGAUGAAUCCUUUUGUUGUAACAUGUAACAUGCAUGUUAUAGUUUAAAAGUGUUAAAGAUCACGAAGGCUAUUCAAAUAUUAUUUUACAAAAAUGAAUGAACAUAACACGUUAAAAGCAUUUCUAUCGCCGCUUUUCAUUCUUACAUUUUUAAAACACGAUAUAAAAAGCAUUUCUAUCUCCGUUUUUCGUUCCUAAACUUUUAAAAUGCGAUCUAAUAAAGCUUUUCUAUCGCCUUUUUUUGUUCUUAAAUUUUUAAAAGACAAUCUAACAAAGCAUAUCUAUCACUGUUUUUUGUUCUUAAACUUUAUAAUGCGAUCUAACGAAGCUUUUCUAUCGUCCUUUUUCGUUCUUAAAUUUUUAAAACAUGAUCUAACGAAGCUUUUCUAUCGCCGUUUUUCGUUUAAACUUUUAAAAUGCAAUCUAACGAAACUUAAAUCUUUGUUAAAUUUUACUUUCUUCCGUUGAUCUCUUGACGACUAUAGCAAUUAAGUACAACGAUGGGACACACACAGUUCACACGAGCUAAUUAAAUUAAUUAAGGUCUGACGCUACCGAAAGCUCAUGCGAAGGUGAUAACUAUCGCGUACAUGUAAAGUUACAUUCAAGUGGUACUGUACAUUAGUGCCAAAUAAUAUAAAGUGUCGUACAAAAGCUGUUGCCCCAAUUAUAUAUUUUCUGCCCUGUUUAUAAACGGGACAAGAUGCUGACAUUUUUCAGGCAGCGUUCAAAAUCCGGGGAGGACAGCAUAACUUAUAUGGGGAGUCCUAGAGUAUUUAAUGCUCCUUUUCAUCUACGCAGACCCAAUUAGGGUCCGUGCUCUUCCAGACAACUCCCUGCAACAUACAACAGCGCACACACGGUGCCAUCUCCCCAAUUUUUCACACAUGGCUUGGAUUAUCCCAAAGCUAUGGAUACCAUUCACUCGCUCAUAUUGAUCACAAUCUAGGGGAAUCGAGCAGUGGUCCCACUAAGAAAGUGAGAGUUAUAACCACUAAGCUACAUUGCCACAACAUUAUCAAAGCUUUGGACGUGGGAUUUACCGCAUAGGUGCCUUAUUGAUAGGCCUGAUGAUUUGUAUUAUUAUAAAGAUAAUGUCUGAACAUACCUAAAUAUUUGUGAUGGUUUUGGACAAUUUAACAACCUAUAUUAUUAGUAAUACCAUUACACUGUUAAAAUUGCCAAAUGCUCAGAAGAUGUUUCCUUUAUAAAAUUAUUACCAGGACUUAUGCUGGAAAUUCAAGACGAAUAACUGAAGAUAUUGUUAGAGAUCGUAUUUUAGAUCCAGAUAAUAAACAGAAGCUGUUAAAACGUCUUAGCAAAGUAAAGCAUGGACUUAAACUCCAACCUAAUGCUAAAGAUGCUGGUGUGUUAGUACCUUUAUGUAUUACCAAUGGGCAGUUGUCACUUUUAUACACACAACGAACACCCUGGUUGUCUACCCACGCUGGUCAAGUCAGUUUUCCAGGUGGUUUAAUUGAUGAGAACGACAAUACUCCAAUUGAUGCAGCGAUCAGAGAAACAGAAGAAGAAUUAGGACUGGAUGGCCGCAUGAUAGAUGUGUGGAUAAAUAUGGGUGUAGUCCCAGAUAGGCGUGGGAAGUUCAAAGUGAAUGCUGUAUUAGGUUACCUGGGAAAUGUGAAUGUUAAGAAGUUGAAGAUAAAUAAACAGGAGGUUCAAGAAGUCUUUACAGUUCCAUUAACACAACUUUUGAUGCCAGAAAAUCAACGGUACACAAUGUUUCGCAACGGUUGGAAAAUGCCAGUGAUUACAAAUUCUGGUCAUAAUAUUUGGGGAAUGACUGCUAUAUUUACAGACGUUUUUCUAGCAAAUGCUUUUCCGGAUUUUUAUCAGUUAAUUGUAUCACGAUAUGAUGGUGACUUGGCACAGAAAUAUUUAUAAACGUUUUAUGUUCGAAAUAUAUUGAUUAUUUUAGUUAA